UCCAGGUUGGUCAUAAACUUCCAACCUUGUUUCCCCAACAUUGUCACAUUCUUGUUAGUUUAUUUUUUUUUUUAUAAAAAAUUAAGCUUUACUUUACAUUUUUUUUAUCUAGGGCUUCUCUAUUAGCUUCUAUAUAAAAUUGAAUAAUGAAGAUUACAAAUAGUUGCUAGUAACAGUAAAAUUAUUUAAAAACAUCCAAACAAAGGCAUGUGCCCAUUCAUUUCAUCAAGAACAAAAUAAAAGGUACAAUCUUGUGAUUACUACUUGUAGAACUAGCAGCCAUAUAUCAGAAGCUUCAUCUACCUAGUUCAAAAGUCAAGUACAACACCUCAAGACACAAGCCAAUUUAACAAUCACAGGUUAAAAAAUGGAAGUUAUGAAAACAACCAUGGGAUGCCUAAAUUAUUAUUCUUUUGCUCCCCAAGGUAUGAUUGAGUCGGAAGUUAAAGACUAAUCUUUUGACAUACAAAGACUCGUUUAAAGGGAAGACAUCUCCUAACAAGUGUUCAUCAAUGCACUCUGACGUUUUACCUAAGAAUUUUCCACAAAUUCACUUAUUAAUUUAAUCUCACUCAUUAAUUUGAGAUCAAACGAUUUAAAUUACACAUCAAUUUUAACAUCAACUGAAUAGUUGAGUGCCAUAACUAAAUUUAAAUCUAUGCACUCCUCAGAAAUCAAACUCUUAACCACACAUCAAUCAUCAACCAACUGCCCAAACACAUACACGCAAAAAAAGGUGUAGUUUUAUAUUCUUACUUAACAUCUAAUCCACAUUAUAUUAGUUCUCACUCCCACCCCCCUAUCAAUUAUUAAAACAUAAAAAUUCCUAAUAAAGCUGAAACAAGUAACAUCAAAACAUAACUAUCCCUUUCAUUUGUGUUAUUAACAAACAUAGCCAACCACUUUUUCAACCAAACCUAAAACAUAACCACAUGACACAUAAUAAUACUCACACUUUAGUUGUGUAACUUCUCUUAUAAUCUAUCUCAUCAUUAUGGAACACCCACCACCCUUACCGUUCUCAGCGCCACCACUGACUGCCGCACAAAUCGCCAUCCUAACAACACCACCACCGCCUUUUCCGGACUCUUCCCGCUCUGUCGAUCUCUCUCCUCUCGAAUUUCUACUAGCUCUUAUUGCUAUUGUCACUAUACCUGCUUUAAUCUACACUUUCAUUUUUGCUUUUGGAUUUUCCUUUUGCCGCCGGCGACCGGAGCAAAACUCCGGUGAACUUUCUUUCGCUUCUGAUGAUCUUACCAACGGUGGUGGUGCUUCUGUCUCCGAUUUUAAAUACAGGAAGGAUGCUCAUGUGAAGGAAACCGGUGGUGAUUGUCCUGUUUGUUUGUCGGUGUUCGUCGACGGUGAGAAACUCCGGGAGCUGAGUUGUUGUAAGCAUUAUUUUCAUGCUGAUUGUAUUGAUUUGUGGCUUGGAAAUCGAUCUAGCUGUCCGAUUUGUCGUGCUACGGUCGCCGGUAAACGGCGGAAUAUGUCGGCGGCGGCGGCUCCGGUGAGAGAUAAUGAUCUGAUGCAGGGUCUUCCAGAUGCUUCUACUUUAGUUUGAAUUUAUGAAGUCCCUUAAUUUUAUUUUAUUUUUUUCAAUUUUUUUACUUUAGCUUAGGAAAAUAUUGCGUUUAUAAAGUUCCAUUAGUAUAGUAAAGUUAAUUAAUUGAACUUUACUGGGUUCCAUGAACUGUUAGUUAUUGAAAAAAUGGAAUUGUGAUCAAGCAAAUUACCAAUGUAAUGUAGCAAGAAAGAAAGAGAUCUGUAUGUAUGGCCAAGGAAGGAAAAAAUAGAAGAAACUUUUAACAA